AUGGCUGGGAGGAAGAAGGUGAAGCUAGCCUACAUCAUGAACGACGCAAGUCGAAAAACGUCAUACAAUAAAAGGAAGAACGGCUUCAUUAAGAAGAUGCAUGAAAUCAAUAUUCUUUGUGAUGUUCCAGUAUGUGGUAUUAUUUACAGUCCAUAUGAGUCUCAACCUGUUGUCUGGCCCAAUCUUUUGGAAUCGCAACGCCUCAUCACCAAGUUUAGGAGCAUGCCCGAGGCAGAGCGGAAUAAGAAGAUGGUGACGCAUGAAAUGUUUUUGAAGCAGAGGAUUGAAAAGCAGCAGGAGAAGCUGAACAAUCUGAAGAAAGAGAACCGGGAGAAGCAAAUUCGGAUGCUCAUGAACCAGUGCCUUACUGGAAGGCCCCUGACUGGCUUGGACUUAAACGAUUUGAACGAUAUGGAGUGUAUGAUCAAGGAGUGCGUGACAGCUGAGAUUGUCGCACAGAUCAAGAGCCGGAAGGAGGAGAAUCUGGCGGAGAGGAACCAACCCUAA